UGAGAUGAUUGUGUGAUGACUAAAAAUGAAACCAAGUUUUUACUUAAUAAAUAUAAGAUUAAUAUAGAUAUUUACAUUUCAAUUCUUCAAUCAUGAUGGCAGGAAAAGGAAUGCCGGAGACGGAGGAGCAGAAUAGGAUAAGGUUUCAAGUGGAGCUGGAAUUCGUUCAAUGUUUAGCCAAUCCAAAUUACAUUCAUUUUCUAGCACAGCGAGGCUACUUCAAGGAGCAGACCUUCAUCAACUACCUGAAGUACCUCCAGUAUUGGCGGGAGCCGGAGUACGCUCGCUACCUCAAGUACCCGAUGUGCCUACAUUUUCUGGAGUUGUUGCAGCAUGAGGCGUUUAGAAGAGAAUGUGUGUCAGCUCAGGUGUGCAAGUUCAUGGACGACCAGGCGAUCCUGCUGUGGCAGCACUACACGCGGCGGCGCACGCGCACGCUGCAGCCGCCGGACGCGCCCGCGCCGCCCGCGCCCCCCGCGCCGCCCGGCCCGCCCAGGCAACAGUCGUAGGGUUAGCUUUGAAAGAUUUUAAAAGUUUUGCCCUCCUGUGACUAAGGCCCAGUUGCACCAACCACAUUUAACAGACUAAUAAUCGUCCAACAGCAGUGAAGUAUGAAACCCAUUCCCAUACAAAAGUAUUUAGUGAACGCUUUAACGGUGACAGGCGGUUUGGUGCAACCGACCAUAAAAGGCCUUGUUAGCCUUCCCUACUUUUGUUUUCAAAGGGUUACCUUUGACUGUACAAGACGUUAACUGACGGGCGCGGCUUCAGCCGAAUAUCAACCUUCGUGCAUUGCGACAAGGUCCAUGUUGACACGCCGCGCGCGAUAGGGUUAAAGACUUUUCCAGACUCCAGCGGCUUUUUAGUUUGUAGUUUGAGGGUGACAGUGUAGUCCGGAUAGACCCUAGCGCAUAUGCUGAUAUUGCUAAUGCUAGCAGCAUAAUCGCAAAACUGUAUUCUGUGGUGCAAAAACGCGAAUGGAAAUUAAAAAAUAUGGGGUAGUAAUAAUGGUAAUAUGCCUUACUCAGUCCGUAUCCAUACACUCUGGCUGGCUUAGUAGUUAAAGGCAAAGAGUUAUUUGUUAUAGAAGAGGUGUAAAGUUUAAAAAAAUCGUGCAGCUGAACUGAAUGGCGCUGUACGUCUCCAUAUGUUGUGUGGAAACUGAAUGGUCUAAAAUAUAAGCAACUUAUGACAACCAGGAUUACCGCAUAAUGUACGAAGCCAUAUAGCGCCAUCUAUGUUACCUGUGAAAUUGUAAGUACGAAUGUGUCUUAUACUUUACAGAUAUAAUAUGUAAUACAAUCAUUGAAUGUUUGGUAAUAGGGUUCCGUUCAGCAUUCUUGAAGCCGAAAAUGUCGGCCAAAAAUACAGGUCUCUACUGCUAUUCUUACCCUAAAUAUACUUGUCAUCGUAAUUUAAACAUUCUUUAAAAAAAAUCUCAUGUUUUUUAUGUCAGUUUCUGAAAUAUUGAUAGACUGAUUGAUGUAUUAUAGUAAGUUUAAGUAAGUAAAUUAAUUAAAACAAAUAAUUUUUAAA